AUGGACUUCCCCAGCUCCCUCCGACCCACGCUGUUCAUGACUGGCCCCCUUGGUCUGAGUAAUGUUCCUGACAUGUCCUUCAUGUGUAGCUGGAGAGACGCCCUGACCCUGCCAGAGUCACUGCCUGAGAACUUUAAGAAUGAGGCGCUGCACUUGGCCACGGGCCUACUCUGGGAGCCAGAGACCCCUGGACCCCUUCCUUUGCUGCCUCCUGGUCCCGAUCCCUGGGACCCUGGGGUGACUGCCCAGGACCUGCUUUUCCGGGGAGCUUUCCCGUUCCGAAGGAAGCCCCAAGCCGUGCUAGACGUUACCGAACAGCUCAGCCGCUUCCUGUGGGACCAUGGGGACAUAGCCUUUGCACCCCUGGGGAAGCUGAUGCUGGAGAAUUUCAAACUGGAGGGAGCACGGAGCCGUUCUAAGAAGAAGACAGUGGUCAGUGUGAAGAGUCUACUCCAGGACCUCGGUGGACACCAGCCCUGGGGCUGCCCCUGGGCUUUCCUCAGCUACCGACAGCGCCGGUUCUCCAUCGUCGGGGGCCCUGUCCUGGGCAAGUCAGUGGCCAGCCUCCUGGGGGAGCUGCUGCACGAGGAGCUGGCCAUGCGGUGGGAGCAACUGCUCCUGGACGAUGCAUUCACUGGGGGCGCUUUGGCCUGGGUGCCCGGGAGGACGCCGCAGGUGGGGCAGUUGGUCUACCCCGCAGGAGGUGCUCUAGACACGCUCUGUUUCCAAGAGGUCAGUCUGCCCCCAGGCGGUGACCCUCAGGCUCUCGGGGACCCUGGCCACAUCCAGCUCCGAGGACCUGUCCGGCAGGUGGUGACCCGCACUGUGCAAGGGGAAUCCCUGCUGGCUGUCCGCUCUGACUACCACUGUGCCCUGUGGAAGGUCAGCAAGCAGGGGCGAGCCGCCCCUCUCCAGGUGCUGCAGGUCGGGAAGGGGGCCACAGGGAUCAGCCUCAGCCCUCACCUGCCUGGGGAGCUGGCUGUCUGCAGCCGUUCUGGAGCCGUCUGUCUGUGGACCCCCCAGGAUGGGCUGCAGCAAGUCUACAAGGACCCUGAGACCCUUGUGUUCUGUGACCCCUCUCCCUGGCGUUGGGCAGACUUCACCGCUCAUCCCCGGGUGCUGACUGUGGGGGACCGCACUGGAGUGAAAAUUAUCGACACUCAGGGCCCGCCCGGCUGUGGUCUGCUGCUUUUCCGUGGCGGGGCAGAAGCGUCAUGUCGGAAAGGGGAACGUGUCCUGUUGACCCAGUACUUGGGGGAGUGCGGCCCCGAGCCUCAGCUUCCCACACUCCAUCUCAUCUGUACCCAGUUCUCGCUCUACCUGGUGGACGAGCGCCUCCCCUUGGUGCCCAUGCUGAAGUGGGACCACGACCUCCCCUCGGCUCCCCUGUGGGCCCGGCUGCUGCCCCCGCCCUGCCCCGGCUGCCCCCGGCCACUGCUCCUGGGGGGCCAAGGCGGGCACCUGCAGCUGCUGCACCUCGCAGGAGAGGGGGCCUCUGCACCCCGGCUGGCGGGGCCCCCCCAGUCUCUCCCUUCCAGCAGCGACUCCCUCUCUGCGUUCCCCCUGCUGGAGCCCAAGAGUCAGUGGCGUCUGCAGGAGCGUCUGAAAGCACCAACCAUAGGGCUGGCUGCCACCAUCCCAUCGUCAGCUUCCGAGCCAGUCCUGUCGCUCUUCCAGCUCUCGGCGGCCGGGGAUGUCUUCCACCAGCACCUCCACCUCCAGGCAGACCCCGGGCCCCACUCCCGGGCCCCCACAGCUUCCUGGACUCCCCAGGCCACUGCCUGCUGCAGUCGGUGGCUGAAGGCCCUGCUGGACGUGCCCCCGACCCCGCCUGUGUGGGCAGCACCCACAUUUUCCCACCGCCGUCUGCUAGGCUGCAUGGAACAGAGGAAGGUGGAGCAAAAGGAGCCGGAGGGUCUCCGAGCGGCCAUGGCUGCAGGGCGGCUGCUGCAGCAGAAGGACGUGGGCUCGCCCCCCUCUGCGGGGCCGCCCCCCGCCCCCGAGCCAGGCCCUGAGGAUGAGCUCAGUGCCCGUUUGGAGGCAGCCUGGGAAGGCCGCGUGGCCGCCUGGUGGGAGAGGCAGCAGGGCAGGAGCUUGGGGCCCGGCAGACAGCCCAAGCGGCGCAAGCGCCGGACUCAGCUGUCCAGCACUUUCUCCUCACUCAGCGGCCGCCUGGACCUCUCAGACGCCACCAGCCCCCCUCACAGCCCAGACCGGGCAUCCCCUGAGGCCAGGCCUCGGCCACCAGGGACCCCGCCCUCCCAGGAGUCGACUCAGGAGCUGUGGGCUCAGGGGGUCCCCUCGGAGCGGCAGCAGACUCUCCGUGACUACAUGGCCAGGCUGCCGCUCCGAGGGGAUGCCCCACGAGGUGUCUGCUCACCCCUCUCCGGGACCUCCAGUAUCCGGGCCACGCGCUCCAGGCCCCAGACCCUGCAGGAUGGCACGGCCGAGCUGCCGCCACGAAGGAACACCCGGAGAGGUGCCGCUGUGUCCUCCUCCCAGACCUCCAGCGUCUGGGCCACGCCCUCCAGGCAGCACCUGCCCAGAGAUGGUGUCUUACGCUGCCCUCGCAGUGCCCAUCUGUGCAGGAGUACCCCCAUGCUGCCUCGUACACUCUCCUCCCCUUCCCCGUCUGUGUGUCGCUACGGGACAGGCAUUCCGAAAAUGAACACCUCCCACUUCCCAGAUGGGAAGGGCGGGGAGGAGCGGGGGAAGCCCAAGCGGCAAGACGCCACACGGCUGGCUGUGGGGGUGGAGGCCCCACUGAUAAGUGUCCCGUUCUCAACAGUCCUGUAG